AUGUCUAUGUCAAUUGUGAACAGAUCAGUUCCAGAUGUCUGUGCAACUUGCCACAUUCAUGCUACAUGUCAUCAAAUUGAUGGAAAAAGUGUUUGCAUCUGUAACUAUGGAUUUGUGGGCAAUGGAAGAACCCAUUGUCAAGAUAAAGAUGAAUGCCAGAUUGGAGCCAGCAAGAUCUGUGGAAAUCAUACAAUGUGUCAUAAUACACAUGGAAGUUUUUACUGUGUUUGCCUUGAUGGGUAUCGAGCCUCCAACAACAACAAGACAUUUAUUCCCAAUGAUGGCACAAACUGUACAGAUAUAGAUGAAUGUGAGGAGUCUGGGCUGUGUGGUCACAAUGCAAGAUGUGUGAAUACUGAAGGAAGCUACAAGUGCUACUGCGAUGAUGGUUAUAAGCUAGAAAAUGGAGAGCAUUCUUUUCUUCCACACCAGAAUAUAGUUUCAUGCAAAGAAAUUGGAUGUGGUUCCCCUCCUGAAAUGAAGCAUGGCUACAUUGUGGGAAACUACAGCUUGGUACCAGGAAGUGUGGUUCAUUAUGAAUGUGAAGAAGGGUUUUACAGCAAUGAGGAAAAGUUGUCAUACUGCACUGCAAAUGAAACUUGGCAACCUGCCACUUUAAGCUGUGAAGGUGUAGAUUGUGGGGUUCCACCUCCUGUUUUAAAUGCACAUCCAGUAUCUGUAAGUGGGACCACAUACCAGAGUGAAGUCACUUACAAUUGUGCUCAUGGCUACUUUAUUGCAAGUGGCCAUCAGACUGCAGUCUGCAACGCCAGAGGGCAGUGGGAUGGUGCUGAUUUGGUGUGCAAAGAAAUAGACUGUGGCAAACCUUUGCUGAUUCCACACACAGAAAUGAUCUGGGAAAACUCUACCACUCUGUGGAGCAGAGUGUACUAUCGGUGUGAAGCGGGAUAUUAUUUCAGUGGAGACAGGAAUUUCUCAGAAUGCACGAAAGAUCAGUUGUGGGAGAAUAUUACGUACGUAUGCAAAGAGGAGGAAUUCUUCAGUAAUUUGUCCAUAUUCAAUGAAAGCUGUGUGAAGUGGCAAAGGAAAACUGGAAGACUGGGAGCGCAAAAAACAUACACAUUUCACAUACUGGGCCAGAGGUGGGAUGAGAAGAUGUUCUCAGAAGAUGCAACAUUUAACAUCACUACAAGUGAAGAUAAUCCAAAGGUGUGUUUAGAUCUCCACUCUGGCAGUAACUACGUGGUGAAUAUUACUACCAACUCUUCCACAGGCACCACUGUCUCAGUUGCAGUAGCAGUUCAAGCAAAGGUAAAGGAAGCCUUCAAUAAUGUUUUAAUUUUUAAUGAUACCUGCUUGAAAUGGCAGAGAAAUAUCAGGGGAACUGAGGUUGAAGACAGAUACUUGUUUCAUUUGCAGGGCCGGCGCUGGUAUCAGAAAGAGUUCUUUCAUGAAAUGACUUUCAACCUUACCACACACAAGCAAGCUCCAGAAGUCUGUUUUGAUUUGCAGCCAGGCACCAAUUACUCUGUUAAUAUUUCCAUGGUAGCUUCAAAUUUUUCAUUGCUUGUUUCCAUGACAACAGAAAUCACAGAUCCCCCUUUCCCAGAUGUAGAAUUUGUUGCAGUCAAAGGUUCUGCACCCUUGCUCAGACUCCGGAAAGCAGAAGAUCGAAAUGGACCGAUCAGUCUUUAUCAAGUGAUUGUACUUCCUCUGGGUUUGCAAAGCACUUUUAUUUGUGACUCCUUUGCUGCUGCAACUUUCUUUAGUAACACCACUGACGGUAAAGGAUAUGUGGCAGCUGAAUUUCGGGCGAAGGAUGUCGCUGAUAACAUGUCAAUUGCUCUUGGAGACAGACAUUACUACGGGAAGUUUUACAAUGCUCCUUUAAAGCUGGGAGAAGAGUAUUGUGUUUUUUUGAGAAUAAUAAGUGAGUGGAACAAGGUGAGAACUCAGUCCUGUGCUGUUUGGGCACAAAUUGAACAUUUAUCACCCACUCUGCAAUACAUGCCUGCUGUUGGAGUGGGGUCAGUUGCUGCUGUCUGCCUUAUACUGUUCCUGUCAUUCUCAGCAGCACGCUCUUAUCUUCACAGCGCAGUGCACUCCCCACCUGCAGCUUCGGCCUGUGAGGCUGUACGUUUAUCUGCUACAGUGGACAUGGCGCAAACAGGGGUUACAUCAUCAUUCCUGGAGAAUGAAAAUGUCUCUCUUCUCUGAUGUGUUAUCCCCUGAGAUGCACUCUUCUUACCAAAGCCAGCAUCUGUUGGGUGUGGACGUAUCUGCACAGCACAUAUGGACUAUAGCAUGGACAGUUGAAAUACGUUUGUUACUGGAAGUGGGGUGUUCAUUGUCUUCCCUUGUGUCCAGAUGGUGUGGUAUGUAAGGCUUCCCUCACAAACAGGUUUGUGUCAGAGACUUUAGCAUGCAUCCCAUGUGUUGGCCACAGGCUUUCAGCUAUUUUAGUCACAUGAAUGCCUGGUAACAAAUGUCUGUGUUGUACUUUAUUACAUAAGUAAUCCCCUGAUCCAACUGGGACUGUUUGAAAAUCAACUGCUACUUUGGAUGAGAAAAAAUGCAGUUCAAACCUUGUAUCAGAUAAAGUGUCCUAUGGUGUUUCCAAGUGUAAAGGUGGGAAGAUUUUUCAGCAGUUGCUUACAGGUAAUGGUUCUUCACUAACAAGAACAGAGGUGUUUAGCCAUUAAAUAGUCACAUUUGAAUAGUAUUAGCAGCAGAUCUGCUCCAGAGAUACAGUAAUCAUUGCUCAUAGCAAUUAGUAAUAAUUGCAAAUAAUACACCAAUCUGUAAAAUGGUAGUUUGCCAGAAAGCUCAGUAGCUUUAGUGGCAGGUGGAACUAAUUUAAAUAGGGAGCUACCUGUGUUAAGUGCUGUUAUGUUAAUCUCUGUUCUGUAAUUACAGUUGAGUAAACCCAUUAAAUCAUUGUCUGAUUAAUGA